CGAAGAGUACCGUACGAGAUCGAGAGUCAUAUCAAAAUUUGGAAGUCGACUUCUGUUUCCUAAAUCUGCUCUUGUCUGAAGACAGGAUGAAACGCGUAGGCAACGAUCAGAUCCAGUCUGCGGUACUCCAAUAUUUGAAAAGAAGGCAAUACAUUGACAUCAACAGUGAGAGUGUAAACCGGAAAAACCUGAAACUGACGGACUCCUUGAGAGAGAUGGCGUCUCAGUCAUCGCGGAAGAAGGAGAUGGGAGCAGUUAACUCUGUCUCUUGUAAUUCAUGUGAUCAGGAACCUGACGUUUUUGAGCAGCAGUUUGCCAGAUUUAGGCUCUUCAUUGAAAAUUCAGUGGAAGAGUAUAAGCCGGACCUCCUAUACUUGCUGUACCCUACGUUUGCUCACCUGUAUUUGCAGAUGAUAUCUGAUGGACAUCGACUCAAUGCCCACAGCCUCUACACAAAGCACAAAGGAUGCACUCAGUAUCAAGACAGUCAAGAUGCCAAGGAGUUGAUGGAGAGACUGAGUAGCGUGCAUCACAGUAUGGAUCUUAUCAGCGACCCUCAACUCUCAGCAUUCAGGGAGAGUAAAUGUGUGGUGGAGCUUGGAGAUGAAGCCCUCCAGUAUCUCUUGCGUUUCCUCCAGAGUCGAGAUAACUCUGUUCUACUCAGCAUCAUCAAUGUGCACAUUGAUAUCAAAGUUCGAUACUCGUUGUCCACAUCCUUGCAAGAAGCCGGUGAAGAGUACCCACAGCCAUCCUCCUCCUCCUCUUCCUCCUCCUCCUUGUCUUCAUCACUGCCGUCUGCUCCAAAGCAAACUGGCGAUGUGUCUAUGAAGGAAGAUGAUAAGAGAGAGGUCGAGAGGGAGGCCUUUCUUACUCAGCUGCGAGCAACCAUUGAUAAGGUCCAGAGGGGACCACCCCCUGUGCCUUCCGUCAUCUUGUAUAGUGUCCUCAAUGCCUACCAAGGACUGAGUUCUGUGAGUUUCUCUGAUGAUUCCCAGAUGUUAGCCGGUGGGUUCGAGGAUUCGGCCGUCAGGGUGUGGAGUCUCACCUCUAAGAAACUCAAAACCGAAUCCCACGAUGCUGAUGUGAGUCGUGUCCGCUUGGCUGGCGAUUGUCUACAUAAGGAUGUCAUAGAGGAUAGCCUUGGUUCUGAGUGUAAGGUCAUGAGAGGUCACAGUGAUACUGUAUAUAGUAACUGCUUCAUACCCAAUGCUCCUCUGCUCUUAUCAGCAUCAGGGGAUGCUACAGUGCGAGCGUGGAGCAUGGACACCUUCUCCAACGUGGCCGUGUACAGGGGGCACAAGUACCCUAUCUGGGACCUUGACGUGAGCCUGUUUGGGGUCUACUUCUGCACCGCCUCCAAGGACCAGACGGCCCGGCUCUGGAGCCCAGAGAGGACCUAUCCUGUCAGGGUACUCUCAGGUCAUCUCAUGGAUGUAGAUUGUGUCAAAUUCCAUCCUAACUGCAAGUAUAUAGCGACAGGCUCGAAUGAUAAGACCAUUCGACUGUGGGAUAUUACACAAGGAAAGUCUGUGCGCUUAUUGACAGGACACAAGAGUUCAGUGUUGUGCAUAGCAUUUGCUCCAAAUGGGAAGUACCUUGCAUCUGCUGGUGAAGAUCGUAGGGUUCGUGUUUGGGACUUGGCAACAGGAGGUUUGAUGAAGGAGUUGAGAGGACACACAGACACUGUUUAUUCACUAGCAUUCAACCCCGAUAGCUCUAUGCUAGCUUCCGGUGGGGCUGAUUGCACCAUAAGGUUAUGGGAUAUCAGGCAAGGCGUUAAGCACACAGUACCUGAAAGCGGUGGACAUUCUGGAGAGCAAAUGGCAUCCAUCUCUUCCAGACAGACUCACAUUCACAAACUCUCCUUCUCCAAGUGCAACCUCCUACUUGCUGGUGGAGGUAUUGCCAUGGCAACCUGAAGAAUGAAUGAUGCUGGUUGGUUACUCCAGCAACAACUCACAUCUUUCUUCCAAGUUUAAUCUUUGGCUCGCUUGUGGAGGUAUUGCCAUGGCGACCUGAAGAAUGAUGCUGGUGACUCCAGCAACAACAACUCGCAUCUUUCUUCCAAGUUUCAUCUUUGGCUCGCUGGUGGAGGUAUUGCCAUGGCAACCUGAAGAUUGAUGCUGGUUACUCCAGCAACAACAACUCGCAUCUUUCUUCCAAGUUUCAUCUUUGGUUCGCUGGUGGAGGUAUUGCCAUGGCGGCCUGAUUAUGAAUGAUGCUGGUACUGACUCCAGCAACUACUCGGAUCCUUCUUCCAAGUUUCAUCUUUGGCUUGCUGGCUCGCUGUUGGACGAAGAAGCAGGAUUCUGAUGAAGUAUCACGCAUUCCAAAACUUUGUCCCAAACUUCUACAGUCAAAUCUGUCUAUAGCGACCACCCAAGGGAAACACAAAAAGUGGUCUUUGUAGACAGGUUCCUUUAGUUCAUGUUUCAAUAAGAAACCAUUUUCAAGGAAAAAAAAACAUUUGGUCUUUAAAGACAGGUGGUCUUUGUAGACAGCUGGUCACUAAAGCAGGUUUGACUGUACUUGCAUGUAGAGGAAUUGCUAGUAGCUUCUUUGAGUAUGAACCUGGUUACACCAAUAACAACUUAUAUCCAUCAAUCUUCUAAGUUUUAUUUACAUCUUACUCAACAAGGUAGUUGCAGGAUUGUGAUUAAACAUGAAACCUUCAGAAACUUUUGUCACGGACGUCUUGUUUGCUGGUGGAGGAAUUGCCAUAGCAACUAUAACUCUGAAAGCUGGUAACUCGAGCAGCAACUCCCAUCAAUUGAUAUUCUAAGUUUCAUUUCCAUCUUGUCAAGAAGGAUGCUGCAGGAUUUUGAUUAAAGGGAUUGGGUAACUUUGUCUCAGAUUCUGAAACAAAAUCCUGGAUUUAGCUCAUGCUGCAAUGAUUAUUAUAAACCUUCGGGUCAU